AUAAACAAGACCCUAAAAUUAAAACCAUUGUUCGGCUCGCGAGGCUCGCCCUCGCUUUUCCCUCAAUUGAACGCGUGAUUGAAACCCUAAACCCGUGUUUUCAGGUUCAAUCUGGUCUUAGCAUUUCAAUCUCCUGCUCUGUGGUUUUGCGCUGUUUUGUAUUAAAAAGGACGACGUUAUCUGGUUAUGAUUCGAUUCUAAUCCUAUCGACGAAGACGCAGUGAGACAAUUUGCUGGUGAUAUUUCCUUGGGCAAUACUGUGUUGAACAAUCAAGCUUAUUGCUUGUGUGAGAUCUGAAUAGUAGUAAAGCAUGAGCACCAGAGGGCUAAGGGGGGCUCCUCAAAGGGGUUAUGUAAGGAACUCAAGGAGGAAGACGGCUCUAGGCAUAGACCUAAAUAUGCCACCUAACCAGAACCAGUAUCCAGCGGGUACUUCAGCUCAUCCCAACUCUGAGAACAUACAACCUCAACGAGGAGGAUCUGUACCACCUGCACCAAUUGAUGUUGAGGCCUUUGACGAUGAUGUUCUUCUGUCCUCCCCCAGGGCUUUUGCAGAAGCUAAAAACAAUUCUAGAAGAAACCGUCGAGGUGCUGUUAUAGUUGAUGUGGAUUCAGAAGAAAGAACAUCUAGAGCUGCUCUCAAUGGUCAAGAGAAGCGUAGAAGAGUUUUUCGAAACCAAACAAUCAUUAAUUGUGAUGUAAAUGCAGAGGGUUCGAGCAACUCUUCGAAAGACAAUGCUCAGAGUGUGGAACCAACCCCCGCACCACCGAAGGAGCCCACAUUCAGAUGCCCGGUAUGCAUGGGCCCAUUGGUUGAGGAGAUGUCAACAAAGUGUGGCCAUAUUUUCUGUAAGGCAUGUAUCAGGACUGCAAUAGCUGCUCAGGGAAAAUGCCCUACCUGCCGGAAGAAAAUUUCACAGAGAGAUACCAUUAGGAUCUACCUUCCUGCAACUGAAUGAGCAAGGCUCUGGGCUUCUCUACCAUCAAGCACCAUACAGAACCCAUGACUACUAGCUUUGGAAUUGCAAUGAGAUGUUAAUUUCCGUUUGGGCAUGGGUUUUUGUUAUUUUAGUUUACCGUUGCUGCAUGCAGUUACACCUAAAAGCUUUGGAACUGUUUUUGGCAUUUUCAUUUAACAACAGCGGUAAAUAGUUCCUGAUAGAACUCAAAACUGUUCUGGCUUUGUCUAAUUAUAAUGGUAAAUAGUUUCUGAUAGAAA